GACAAGGAAGCGCCUCUGCGAGCGUCCUUCACUUUGCUCUAUGCUACAAACACCCGAGCAGGUUACAAAAGUCUGUCGUUUGUGGAGUACAAGUAGCUCUGUGCGGGUUGUCGGGCUUUAUGGAGUGAACGCGGGAGACUGAAGGGAGACGUGCUCUGAGAGGUUUCCGCGUUUUUAUUCACACCUGUUGUUGUGUAAGGUUGCAGUCUGGUAUUAAAGCAGGCUUAGAAGAUGUGCAAGUUCUUUUUGAGGCUGUUUUCUCAGCGUGAACACAGAAAGUUGUGAAAACCUGGACAAUAUGUGAAGUGAUGACAGCUCCAAACUCAGCAGAAAGGAAGACCUGCUGGGACGCCAGGGACCAUCUCUGGAAGUGUUUGGAUGAUAAUGAUGACAAUGCUGCAUCGUGCCAGAGGUUCCAGAGUGAAUUUGAGGCCAAAUGUCCGGCCCAGUGGGUGAAGUAUUUUACCAAAAGGAGAGACUUCCUGAAAUACAAGGCGAAGAUGCAGACAGAG